GGUUUCUGUCCAGACGUGUGUUACGUGUUCCCGGCGACUUCAAACCAACGGCAGUCAGACUGCGGAACACUUCCUCAUUGUGGUUUUGAUGUUGUUUUAAACUAACGUAAACAGUUCUGAUAUUCAUACCUGCCGCCGUCCCCGCGCCAGCCUGGCCAGCGGGGUUAUUCUCAACAUACGAAAAUUCGUGUCAAAGAAUAGCCCUCUUGUCUUUCGAAAGUGCCUUAAGGUUGUGCUUAAAGUAAAGCUUCAAGUUCACCACUGGGACCCUAUCAUUAACAUUCAUUCAUGUUUUACCGCGCUCAUUUGCAUAUAGGGACUUCCCCGUUCUGGCUUUCGGCCAACUUUAUACAUGCACAGUUUCCUUGUGUGUUGGUGACACAUUAACUACAUGGAAAAACCCUUUGCACACGCAAGAGAACAGUUCCCGUUAAGUUCCCGUUUUUUGUGAGAGCUCUUCACGUGCUUUUCCAGUGUUUCGGAAAGAUAUGCAUGUACGUCGUCCUCGGAGGGGAGUCAGAGGGACAUUUUCUCGGGAGCACACAGUGGGUCGAACCGGCGGAGCGCGAUGGCUUGGCCCGAUACAGCGACCUGCUACGUGCUGCUGGUGGCCUCGCUAACGGUGAACGUGUCUGCGGCCUGCUUCUUCCUACUUCCCCCUGGUGUAGCGGCGGUUCUGAGGCGGGUUUCUCGGCGGUCCCCCUCGUCUUGGCCGAGCCAGGUUCUGGACAUGCACGAGGACCAUCCGUGGACACUCGGAAAAUAUUUGGUAGACCAGCUGUCGAGUUGUGUCCUGUGUCUGUGGGCGGUCUGUGCGCUGGCGACCACCGACGUGUUCCAGCGGCCGUUCCGCGGCCUCUCCGCCGGCGUCGCCUCCGUCUUCGCGGCCAACGUCGGACACUACGUCUACAAAUGUUUCCAGGACUUCCACCUCCGUAACGAUCUGCCGAACUUCCGCAUCAACUUUCUCCACCACGCGGUGACAGUCAUCGUGUACGUCGUCUUCUCCCUGUAUCAACAGAGCGGUCUGUUCGGCCUGCUCGGCGUUCUCUUCGAGGGAACUGUGAUAUUCUACGAGACAUCCAAACUGUUACAGACAUUAGACGUGGAAAGGCACUCCGUUGUAUACGGUGUAAACAUUAUCAUUGGAACAGUGAUGACACUCGUUUUGAGAGGAGUCGUGCCAAUUGUAUUCUUCGUUCUUGCUUUCCGAGUAUCCUCGCCUUUUGAUAUGGACUACAUGCCGCUGGCUUUUUAUUUCCUCAGUAUAAUUUUCUUUGCCAUCAUCAAUUUGUGGCUGUUGAGGGCGAGUGUUUACUCAGUCAGAAGAUUUUUUGUAAGAAGAAAGCUGCAUAUCUAUGCUCAGGCACUCCAGCCACGAUCGUUGCACGGCAGCAGCUCACGAUCUUCUAGUCCGUCUUCUUCGUUACACUCGACCCAAGGCUUGCUAGCCCUGGAGGAGGGUUUGCCAGCAGCUCCCCCGACUACUGUUCGGAACACCCUGACGAAGAAGAACGACUUUGCCCGACUGACUCCGGUCUCGAACACGAACAUUAACGCGAAUGUCGGCGACGACCCAAGAUACCAGAAGUUCGUCAACACCAUGACAGAUGGCGCUAAAGACAUAACCCGAGUUCUGAUGAUGGAGACUUUAAACAUGUCUCGAUCUGCGAAGACUCGAGAAAGAGUCCAGUACGUGAGACCUGCAGUAAAUACAGUUAAUAUUCGGCCAAUGACAAUCGCAGCAUCGCCUGGACCGCCCUCGCAACCCCGAACUAUGUCCCGGACGGUGCACACACCGAGACGGGUUAGACUGCCACCCGCCCCGCCGCCGCAUCCAACCCGACACGUGGUCACCCACGAACCAGUUCCUGUUCAGAUACCUUCAACCAACAUCCCAUCACACACUUCAAAAACGCAUGUGACAAUGAGCUUGCCGCCUGAUGACGGCCCUAGAGAAAGUUCUCAGCCUGUGACGAAAAUAAUACGGAAGGUAAAAAGUGACCCGUUUAUAGCUAGGCAUCAGGUGAUGCCACCAAAAUGUUACAGGUCACGCUAUAGUUGGUGAAAAACAGUGACACUGACCUAUGAUUGCAUAUCAUUGACAGAAACUUAACAUUACUAGAUAUGUUAACAUUAGCCGUAAAUUGUCAAUAAAAAUCUUUCAACUCAUUCCCAUGAAUCAGCUAAAAGUAACUGCCACCUCAACUUUUUCCAUUAUGAAAAAAGAACUGCAAAACCAUGAUGUGAGAAAUAUGCAUUCUUUUACGAUGGAACAUGAAUGGAAUUAAAAAUGAUUAUCAUUUUGUAUCAAGUACAUCGCUACUUUUAAACUAGUAUUUGGUCAGUAUUAAGUGGGGUAGACUGUUCGUCACUAUUUCAGACUCUGCAUGCUUAACCAAAGUUAGUCUGUCUUUAGAGUCACAUCUGAUUCGGAAACGCAUAAUUAAUCUUGAUCAAACCUCCAAUAUCAUUCAGGACAAUAACCAAUCGACACCGCAUACACGUGGUCAAACGAUCGCUGAUGAGACACAAAAUAUUAUGUAUAAUGUUUCUUGCUAAUGUUGGUUUAUUGUUUACUGUGACAUUUUUGUUUGAACAAUAAACAUGCAGUGAGUA